AUGAAAAUGUCCACUACAAGAAACAUUCUUUACACUCAUGAUAUGUAUAUCAGAACUAUUGUUCCAGAAUGUUUAAUUUCCCACUUCAAUUUGGAUUUCAAUAUUGUUGAAAUCGAUGAAGCAAAAGAAAAAUAUGUUAAAGACUUCCCUGUCAAAACAACCCCAGCUGUGAAAUUAAAGGAUGGAUCUAAAUUCUUUGAACAACUCGCUGUUAAUGAAUACUUAAUACGUUCUACUGGUAACAAUGUUGAAAUCAAGCAAUUGCUUGGUUCUUCAGAUGAUUUGAUUCAUCAAGCCAACAUAAACUGCAUUGCUUCAUUUAGUGGUUCUGAUGUUUUGAAUGUUUUAGCAGGUUAUGUGAAGCCUUAUAUUGGUAUGUUGCCUUACGACAAUACUCUCGAACAAAAAUAUUUAGAAAAAUUAAGUAUCUUUUACAAGAUAUUCGAAGAGAAACUAGCCACCCAAAAGUAUUUGACUGGGGAUGAAAUAACUAUUGCUGACUUAAUUACCGCCACUAGUUUAAAACUAGGUUUCGCCUUCAUAUUUGGUAAGGAAUGGAGAAAUGAACACAAAUCAAUUACUGAAUGGUUCGAAAACGUUAUCCACUCUAAGUACUUGGAAUCACAUUUUAAAGACUUCAGAUACCCUGAAGUACCAGCCACUCUUUGA